AAACUAUCAAGAAAAUUCGAAAGAGAAGGCAAGAAUCACGGCAAGAACGGUAUUUCACCGAGGAAAAAGAAAAAGAAAAAGAAGCGGGAAGUUCUCGUUGCAUUCUUAAACGCGCUAGAACGUAAAACACGAAGCAGCUGAAGAAGGGUGGAAACGAGAGGGUGAAAGUUCGAGGAGGGAAGGGAUCGUGACUUCGUCGAGCGUCGACCAGAGGGCGGUGGAUUUCCAACAACAUGGCCGUCUAACAUCGACACCCCGUGCAAGUCUCCACGAAGCUGACCAGCCGUAUUUCGAGGUAAAGCACCACUUCCAACAACAAGAUCAACGAACGCUUAUAUCUCAUAAACAAGCAGAAACAAAAAAAAGUAUUCAAACUGGCGCCGUUCAAAUUUCCGUUUACAAAAAUGUCCAAGUCUCGCAGCAACGAGGAGAAAGAGCGAGACAAAGAGAAAGAGAACGAGACAGAAAAGGAGAAGGGUUGCGAGAAGGAAACGGAAAAAGAGAGCGACAGCGAGAACGAAGAUGAGAGAAAUGAUCGUGUGACGAGCGAGGAUAAGGCGAAGGGACAAAAGGUCCAUCUACCGAUGAAUCGACUACGAUUGACCGAUGAAACUGAAUCGAAUUUAAAGUCGCCAAUGUUUGAUUCGAACAGCCUGAUGGUGAAGAAUGAUCCAGCCAUACCGAGCUCUCCUCCCCCCUCCUACGAGCACGUUAUCGAACAGACACGACUGGAGCACGCAGCCGAGGCGCAGAAGUACGAGGGUGGAAAGAGCCACGGAAACGACGCGUCUGGCGAAGAUAAUAGAACAAAAGCGCCCAAGAUCCUUCACAAGUCGAGCAAAGAGUUGUACAGGGCGGUGGCGAAACAGUGGGGCAUCACUUGCAAGAUGAGCGACCAUUGUAGAUGCUUGGAUUGUCAGAGCCGCUAUUUCGACUGCGAAUACGACAAAAACGAACACCAGAAGACUGACGGUGGACUGGGUGCUGGUACACCGAUGUUCAUCUCGGAGGUGAUGCAAGGUUCCGGUUGCGUCCUCCUCUAAAGCACCGGAACAGGGUGACAGGCAUCGAGACGGUCUUUGCGUACAUUUUCGCAAAGAGGUUCAAUUGAUUGCGCACAAAAGCACUGGUCGACAGAAACAUAUUGUGCUCCUUUUCGAGGCUUUGCGAUGAAACGAACGGCCAGCUGGAAUCUUCUGAAACAUUUGAAACUCGUACGAUAAUGAUCGCUGAAAGCUAUAGAAAUAAUUCAUUGGAAUUUUUAUUUGAAGAAUUAUCUUCUUCUAUCGUAAGUGUACUGUCUGAUAUUCGUGUGUAUAUUUAAGAAGAUAUUCGAGGAAAACAAAAUGAGUGGUAGUUUGUAUUUUUGGAAGACGAAGUUGAUAUUGAGGAUAGAGUUUUAAGGUUCGAUGGAAGUUUUAAGAAUGUUUCAAAUAUAAAUUCGUGAUGAUGUUACUUUUUGUCUUUUUUGGAAAAAAAAAAACAGAGGCAUGAAAUUGUCAAUUUUCAUUCGAUGGUAGAGGAUUUUAUUGGCGAACGCUCGACCAAUUUGUAGGAUAAACGUUGAAACGCCAUCGUUAUUGGGCUCUGCCGUCUUCGCAUCAUAGACGAAACGUGCAAGUACAGUGUAUUUGAUCUCCCCAGAUCGAUUUUAAAUUCCGUUAAGUUAAUCAACUGAAUUAGCUGGACCAAUUUACACUUGGAAUUCACUUGAAACAGAGAGCUCUUGAAUCUUUCAUAUCUCUUCCCUCGUUCGAAGGGAAAUAUUCCGUCUAUUUUGGAAAUUCUCACCUUGCGUAGGUUUCUCUCGAUCAUUUGUCUGGGGGAAUAAUGAAAAACUACGAGUUAACGUUAAUAUUAGCCACGUUGUAAUUCAGUGUGUACACAAUUAAUCGAGUCUGUAAAGGCGAGUAACUACAUUUUUUUUUCUCCGUUAGAUCAUUUUUGAAAGAUCUCUUGCUCGAGAAAUGAGAUCGACAAUUAUUAUUUGUCAAUUUUUGUGAAACUUUCACGCGUUUAUUUACAAAAAUAUCUGUACUUUGCAUCCCUCGACAACGACGAGCAGGCCUAUUUUAUCAUUUUAUGCAUCCAAUGAAUUUUGGAAAGCAUUCAGUUUCAUUCUCGUUUCUCGAGCAAGAGAAAUGAAAUACCGUGCGACAGAGGCACCUUAGAUAUAUAUGUGUAAUUUAACAAUCGUAAACUCCAUCGAUUUCGAAGGAAAUCGAGACUCGAAACACAUGAAAGUAUUAUAGAAUCGAGUGUCGAGCGAUAACGCUUGCUUGCAACUAUUUUCGCGCAAGACAACCAUGGAAACUUAUAAAAGGGAACCCGAAAGGGUCAUUUCGUAAUGAAUAUUCUUCAAUGUAUGUACACUUUCGUUGAUUAACAGUUCAUAGCGAAGUACAUUUUUAUUCGAACAAUCUUUGUGUUCUUUGAAAUCGAUAUUUCAUCUGAUACAAAUCUGAUUUAUCGUUCGAAUUAGAGAAAUUUUGACAAAUUUUGACAAAUUUUGACAAAGCUUCACCCCGUUGAAAACACGGUUUUAGGCCUUCGGAAUCGCGGCGAAUACCGCUUCGUUCUUUGACGAUUCUGUAAUUUCCGCUGGUCGCAAAGGAAGUAGCCGAUACUCUCGAGAAGAAACGCGAUCGAAGAUCGUGUGUCGAUCGAUUCAAUUUGAAACAUAAUACAGUACCUGCCUACAUAUAUACUUUGUCUCUUCGAGAUACAUUACUUGUUACCGAAGAUACUCAAGGUUCUUUUGUACCUCGCGCUAAGAACACGAGAGGCACACGUGACGGAUACGAAUAGAAGAAUCCACGAAGUUAUUUGCAUUGCCAAAUCAGUUUUUUCUAUCGACGGGAAACCGUCUUCUUUUAUAAAGAACCCUGCGCGAUCCUCUCUUCUACUCGCGCGAUAGGUUGUUCGAAAUUAAAGGGGAAACAUUCGUUCGCUGAAAUACAGCUACUUUAUUCUUUUAUAUUCGACAACUGAUCGCGCUAAUUACACGAUUUUUCACCGCCGAUAUAAUCAUUUCAUUUUACGAUUAAUUGGAGUGUGUGCACAAAGGUAGACUAAAAAGGAAACGCGACAGGAAACGAGAUACGUGUAUAGUAUUUUUUUUGGCGCCGCGGAUUUUUCAUUAACGUCGUCGUCGGACCCGCAAAUUAUAAAAAUUAUAAGAAUUAUUAUUAUUCUCUGUAAUGUGUAACGUAUAACGUGUAAUACUCAUGAUAUCGUAAUGAUUGUAUUGAAAUAUUGAUAUUAUUACGCGACGAUGUAAUUAUUGAUGCAAAUUUUCAGUGUGUUAGAAAAAGUCACUUCGAUCUGACGAUGAAAUUAAUCAGGAAUCCAGCCGUAUUUUGACAUCUCCGUGAUCACUGUAGAUCAUAAAUAUUAACCCUCUAGAACAACCAGGAAUAAGAGAAAUAAUCUUACACUUUACGUUUGAAAUUCUAAAAUUAUCAAAAUACAUAUUGAACUUUAUCGAAAAAUCAUUUAUUUUUCUGGUUUACUUUUUCAAUUUAAAAUUAGGUGACAUUUAAGCGGAGUUGUUCUAACUUAACGGUGAAUAAAAAAAUCUGUGAAAGUGGUAUUAGAAAAUUUAGAAAGAAGAUUAUAUACAUCGUCUUUCGUUGUUGUUGCAAAUCGUCAAUUUCCUCGCAACGAUAUACAUACAUACUGUCGUAGAACACAGAAUCCGUACAAUUUAGCCUGAUAAGCUGCAGUUUCUAAACGCGACACACACAGUUUGCCGAUAAUUAUUCGGAUUUUUUAUAUUAACUGUCAGGGUGUUGAGAACGUCAAAUGGAAUCGAAACAACGCAGAGAAAGGGAUGAAAAACUUUGCUUUCAUUUUCUUUGGUAAACGUGCGAUAUUGCAGCCUGACUCAGCACGUGUAUGCAUGUCGUUUAUUCCGCGUAUGUGUACGUUGUAUAGAAAGCAAAAGGAACGACGAGUUCCAUAGAGAACGUUGACUGUAAAACUCGAUGUAUUCUGAUAAGUUCGCACCAAUAAAAGAAAAAUGGCCUAAAUGACCACCGUA